AUGCCCCCCUCCAAAGUCGCCAUCGCCAUCGCCUCGUCCCCGGCCUCGGGCGGCCUGAACCCCGAGGACGUGCUGCGGCCUUUUACUGCGUUCCGCUGGGCGGGCCUCGACGUCGAUUUCGUGUCGGACAACGGCACGUACUCGACUCUCUCUCCCCCGACUUCUCCAACCACCGCAUCCUUCGAAGAGCGCGAGCUGCUCGCCGACCCGAGCUCCGAGUUCCGCGCGGCCCUGGCCCGCGUCAAGCCCGCCACUGCUGCCACGCCCGCGGCCUAUGGCAUCGUGCUGUCUGCGCCGGGCGACGGGCUCGCCCCGAAGGUCCUCGCGGCAGGCGGGAUCACCGUGUCCGUGCCCCCGCCGACUGGCUCCUCCCCGCGCACGAGUCUGGACGUGAGCCGCGACGGGCCAGCGCAGACCGGCGCGGACGAGCUACGCGCCGAGCUUGCUGGCCUCAGCGACGCGACCUCCAAGGGCGUGACUGUUUCCGGCAGGUCGGUCGUCGCGCGCUCCUCCCGCGCGGGGGAGGCGGCGGCGCUCGCUGCUAUCCAGGUGUACAACAGUCUGUAG